AUGAAAAUUGCUGUGAUCGGCCAGUCGGCAUUCGGGGUAGACGUCUACAAAGCUAUACGAAAAAAUGGCCACGAAGUCGUCGUUGUUUUCACGAUUCCCGACAAAAACGGCCGCGAAGACCUCCUUGCCCUCGAAGCAGCAAAGGACGGCGUUCCAGUCGAAAAACCUGCUCGAUGGAGGAAAAAGAUUGCUGAAGGCAAAUUUGAGGUGCUGCCCAGUAUGCUGAAGCUCUACCUAUCAUAUGGUGCUGAGUUGAAUGUGCUACCAUUCUGUACUCAGUUCAUUCCACCUGAAGUCAUCGAUGCUCCCAAAUACAAGAGUAUCAUCUAUCAUCCUUCGAUACUUCCAAAGCACAGAGGAGCAUCCGCCAUAAAUUGGACUCUGAUCGAAGGCGAUGAAGAGGCUGGACUGAGCAUUUUCUGGGCAGACGACGGCCUCGAUACCGGGCCGAUUCUGUUGCAGAAAAAGUGCAAAGUUGAAGAGAAUGACACUCUAAACUCGCUGUACACAAGAUUUUUGUACCCAGCCGGUGUUGAGGCGAUGGCUGAAGCAGUAGAGCUGAUAGCCGCUGGGAAAGCCCCACGAAUUGUUCAACCGACUGAGGGCGCUUCUUACGAGCCGUACAUCACUACAAAACCAGAACUGGCCGAAAUCGACUGGAAAAAGACACAACAGCAAUUGCACAACUUCAUCAGGGGUAACGACAAGGUGCCAGGAGCUUGGGCCACGAUGAACGGCGAGAAAGUCACCAUGUUUGGAAGCACUCGAUGGCGUGGCAAAGUUCCUCCUCCAGAGGCUCGGGAGGUUGAAGUCGCCGAAGUGCCCGGUGGUAAGGUAUAUGCUCACGAGGGUGGGCUGCUAUUACCAGGAAGUGAUGGUCGUUGGGUAAAUGUGGACACAGUCAAGAUCGGUUCAAAAACAGUUCCUGCCCACAAGUACGGUUUGGAGGAGGAGCAAGGCGAGAAACUGGUCUAUACCGAGGAAGAGGCUAAGAUCGUCGAGAUUGUCAGGAAAAUUUGGGAAGCAAUCCUGAAACAACAGGUGUCCGACGAGACAGACUUCUUCGAGUCUGGUGGCACAUCAGCCGACGUCACUCGUCUCGUUGAAGAGAUCAAGUUCAACACUAAAGUCGAAUUGGAGAACACUGACGUGUACAUGGCUCCGAAAUUCGGUGAAAGUGUUGAUUCUGUGAUUAGAAAGCUUCGUGGAGGUGACAACAUCACUGUGACAUAUGACCCGAUUGUGAUGAAUGUGAAUGGUAUGGAAUUGAAAUUCCCUCAUGAAAUGUUCAUCGAUGGAAAAUUCGUGCAAUCAGCAAGUGGAAGAUUGUACGACACAAUAAAUCCCAAUGACGAGUCGGUGAUCUGUAAGAUUCCGAAAGCCGAUGUCAAUGAUUUGAACAAAGCCGUGGCUGCAGCUAAAAAGGCAUUCGAAGAUGGUGAAUGGCGAAAAAUGUCGGCUCGUGAUCGUGGAAAGAGGCUCUAUAAGCUGGCUGACCUCAUGGAAGAGCACAAGGAAGAACUGGCCACACUUGAAUCAAUUGAUGCUGGUGCAGUAUAUACUCUGGCACUGAAGACCCAUGUUGGGAUGUCGAUCGAUGUAUGGCGCUAUUUUGCUGGGUGGUGCGAUAAGAUCGAGGGCCACACAAUCCCGAUUUCAAACGCUCGACCAAACUUCAACUUGACGUUAACAAAACGGGAACCUGUCGGUGUCGUUGGUCUGAUCACACCAUGGAACUAUCCUCUGAUGAUGCUGUCAUGGAAAAUGGCAGCCUGUCUAGCAGCCGGGAAUACGGUCGUUCACAAACCGGCACAGGUGACUCCACUGACUGCAUUGAAAUUUGCCGAAUUGUCAGUACUGGCCGGAAUCCCACCCGGAGUGAUCAAUAUCGUCACUGGAUCAGGAGCCGAAGUCGGACAAAUCCUUGCCGAACAUCAGGAUGUGCGAAAAAUUGGUUUCACCGGAUCAACGGAAGUUGGCGCCCAAGUUAUGGCCAGCUGUGGUAAAUCUAAUGUGAAAAAAGUGUCACUGGAGCUGGGAGGUAAAUCGCCAUUAAUCGUCUUUGCAGACACCGACAUCGACAAGGCCAUCAAGCAGACAUGCAAUGCGGUGUUCUUCAACAAAGGAGAGAACUGCAUAGCUGCAGGAAGAAUUUUCGUAGCCAACAGCAUUCAUGAUGAUUUCUUGAAGAAGUUGGUAGAGGAGGCCAAAAAGUACGUCAUCGGCGAUCCACUUGACAGAUCCACUAACCAUGGACCACAAAAUCACAAAGCUCAUCUGGACAAGCUUGUUGACUACGUAAAGAAAUCGGUUGCUGGAGGAGCCAAGCUGGUACUUGGUGGGGAACGCCUCCCACGACCUGGUCUUUUCUUCCCACCAACAAUCCUUGCCGAAGUCGACGACGACAACUUCGCCGCUAUAGAGGAGUCGUUUGGUCCGAUUAUGUGUGUCAGCCGCUUUGAUGACGAUGAUAUCGACACAGUGAUACGACGUGCCAAUAAGACUGAAUUCGGACUGGCGGCCGGGGUAUUCUCGAAGGAUGUAUCGAAGGUGUUACGUGUGGCAGACAGAUUACAAGCCGGUACCGUAUUUAUCAAUACCUACCAGAAGACAGAUGUCGCUGCUCCCUUUGGCGGAUUCAAACAAUCUGGCUUCGGAAAGGAUCUCGGUGCCGAAGCGUUGAACGAGUAUCUUCAAACGAAAACGAUCACAUUCGAAUAUUAA